UGCACGCGCACGCGUGCUGGGUCACACAUGAAGUUGCGGAUGUCACAUGUCAGUUGUUUCAAUAUUCCAAAUGUAAACAAAGUCAAAGCUGUUGUACAUAAACAAGUGUAGCUAAUGUGAUGCAUAGUAUCGGCAUACAAACUGACCUGGAAGAGAUUCGAGGUCCUGGCCCUUAUUUAUUCAUCUGCGUCAUCAAGAAUGAAGAUGCAGGGACACAGUGUUACCUUCCUUGCACAGUGGAUGCUGCCACCUCCAUGCAUCACGCUGAUGAUGAGGAAUCUUACGAUGCUAGAAUUUCAGAGUCAGAAUUCAGAGCAAAGGAGGCAGCACGCCAGCACCAACCCAGAAAGAGGGGACGUCCCAAAAAGCAGGGGAAACUCACACCAGAAAGCGGCUCCGUGAAUGACAACACCAAUGAAGACAUUAUAGGAAUGUUCAGAGUUCUUUCAGCAGCUCGCAGUAGAAGGGAAAGAAAAGUGCCUGUCAAGUUUGAUCCCAGCGACAUCACAGAAACCAGAGUUACUAGUCGUCCUGUGAGUCAUUCAAAUGCCUCCUUAGGAUCUGAAGAGAGAGUAGAGGGAGAUAAAACAAACCCUCUGCCUAAUGAAGACUGGAAGCUGCGGGACGCAGAAGAGGAGGAAAGAGGUGCGAGUGAUAACCACGAAAAGAGAAGUUCAUCAAUGGACAUUAGUUGUUCAAGUCAGCACAGCAUUGAGGAAAAUGCUGUAGAGCAGGCUGCAGCAGAUGAUAGGUCGAUGAUUAAAGAGGAUGGAGAAAGUGAAGAAGAUAGGAUGGGAUAUACACCCAGUGAAAUAGGUAGGAAGAGGAGACAGGAUGGUUGUAGAGGGAGCAGAGGAAGGCAUAGAAAAAGAAAGGGUCCUUAUAGAUGUGAUCAAUGCAAACUGAAUUUCAAAUUGCAUUCCAUUUUUACCAAACACAUGCACAGUCACAAGUCCUCUUUAGGCACCCAUUCCUUUCCUUGUAAAUUAUGUGGGAAACUUUUGUCAUCAAAUGUAAAUCUUAAACGUCAUAUGUUGAUUCAUAGUGGGAAGCCUUUCACAUGUGAAGAGUGUGGGAAAAGUUAUACUGGACGUUAUCUUCUCAGAGAACACCUGAUUGUAGAACAUGGUAGAACUAUGCCAGAAUCACAAACUACAUCAGAGUAUCAAUGUGAAGCUUGUAUGAGGUACAUGUCUAAUAAGACAACAUUAGAAUACCACCAGGCAGUACUACAGUCUUGUCCACAUUGUGAGACAACUUGGCCAUGCAAAAGGAGUUUACGUGAUCAUAUCCUGAAAAUACAUGACGAAGCAAAGAUUACAAAAGAAGGCUGUUUGUUAUGUGAACUGUGCAAUAAAACAUUUAUGUAUAGAAAUCGCUACCUGGACCACAUAGCACAACACAGCUCUGACAAGAAAUUUGAGUGUCAAAAGUGUAGUAAGUCUUUUUCCACUUCCAGUGCUCUUUAUUGCCAUAAUAAACAAGUCCAUGAAAAGCACAACUAUCGUCAUCCAUGUUCAAUGUGUGAUAAGGUGUUUAUAUGCAAGGCAAAACUGGUAGAGCACAUAAGAACUCACACUGGGGAAAAACCAUAUACGUGUAGUGAGUGUAAUGUUGCUUUUGCGGCCAAAGCAACCUACAAGACGCACAUGAAGUUGAUUCAUGGCAGCAAAAUCCAUAGUCAAAAAUUAGGCAGAAAGGCUCCCAAAACAAACAUACAGUACAUAUACAGCUGCCCAAUUUGUCAUGUAAAUGUAAAAUCAGACCAUCUGGAAUCCCAUUUUUCAAAUGUCCACAUGGCAACAGUGCAGUUCUCUAACAGUCUGCCUACUGAUCUUCCAGGCCAAAAUAUUACAGGUGUAGACAGAACAAAGGGUAUUGUUAUUCUCCAAGAUGAACCACAUUCUCCUACCGUGGAAGGGAGCAAAGAAAUUAUUCUCUCAGAAGGUAGCUCGGAAAUCAUUGUGCUGGAAGGAACGUCACAGAUUCCAGCAAAGGAAGAAUGCUCAGAAGUUGAGGUUACAAUUUAGGAGAAUGUAACUGAUGGAAAGUAACAUUUCACUCGCAAUAUCUGUGAUAGUAUGAAUUACCAAUAAAUAUUUAUAUUUGU